UGAUAAGGACGAAUUCGGAAACGCAUCAGUUUGUUGUCAGUUACACAUUUUAAAGGAGCUGCAGCGCGGGUUGCUUAGGAAUGGGCUGUGUUUCGUCAAUAGUCGAAUUAUUGUGCUCGAAUAUUGAUCGAUUAUCAUGAGGGAUCGUGUCUAUUGAGUCCAGUCUUCAGAAUAAUCAUGUCUGCGAGUAAAGAGGAGAGUUUGUCUCCGGAUGAGAUGCGACAGAAGCUCUAUCAGACCUUCAAGAGCCGCGGGCUGCUGGACACUCUGAAGACACAGCUGCGGAAUCAGCUGAUCCAGGAGCUGCAGGCGCCGGUGCGCAGAGGAGAAUCUGCUUCCAGACGCUCUGCAGAUCACACUGACUCUGUGUUAGUCUCUGCAUGCAACAGUGUGGUGGUCGAUCACCUGCGCAGCGCUGGCUAUGAGUACACACUGUCUGUCUUCCAGCCCGAAUGCGGACUGAGCAAAGACAAGGUGUUAUCAAGUCGUGAUGUUCUGCAGAUCAUGAAAAUCAGCCCUCAUAUGCCCUUAUACAAAUCUCUGGUUUCAAAUAUCCAGAGUGGACAGUCAGGUUUUCUGAAGAGUCUGUUGAUGGAGCUGACGGACCACAGUGUUUACAGAGACUGCAGUGAUAAUUCAACUCAAACCACCUCUAUAGCAGCGCAUAAGGAGUCUCUGGUAGAGAAGAUGCAGCUGAUUGAUGAGGAGUAUGAAGUGCUGCGGCACAGAGGCGACCGCUGGGCUUCAGUGGAAGCCAAACUGGCUGAAUACAGGAAAGAGAUCCAGGAACAAGCACAGAUCGAGCUCAACGCAAAGCUCCAGCACUUCAUGGAUGUGGAGAUAGCGAAGGUAAAGCAGGAGGAGAAAGAAAGAUCGAGGAAAGAAAUCCUGGAGCUCAGACGAGACAUGGAGAAAACAUAUGAGCUGAAGUCUGAAGCUCUGAUCAGUCGAGAGAAAAACGCCAUCGAGCGCUUGCAGAAACACCAGGAGAUUGAAGAAAAGGACAUUUAUGCUCAAAGACAAGCCGUGCUGAGGGAAAUCGAGUCUGUGCGGAGCCGAGAGAUGGAGCUGAGGCAGAGGAUGGAGGCCUUUGACAAGAGCUGUGCACUGCACGAGGAGAAGGUGAAGACCAUGGAGGAUCUCCUACGGAGGAGAGAACUGUCUGUGAAGACCAUGGAGGAUUCCUUUGAGCAGAAACUGAAGAGCGAGUUACUGAAAUAUCAGCUGGAACUGAAGGAGGAGAAUAUGAAGAGAACAGAGAAACUGACAGAAAAUGAGGAGAGGAUUAGAGCAGAAGCAACUCGUCUGCAGAAAGAAGCUGCUGUUAUUGAAGCAAAGACACAAGACUAUGAGAGAACAUCAUCAGAGGUCAAACAACUGCUGAUGGAGCUGGAGUCGUCCCGAUCGCAGGCGUCUCUCCUGAAGCAACAGAAGGAGCUGCUGAGAGAACAACUGGAGAACAUGAGGGAUUAUCCAGAGCUGAAGAAACACACGCUGGAGCUGCAGACACGCAUCAGCCUGCUGAAACAACAGCUGGAGGAGAAACAACAACACAACCAGAGGCUGACACAAGAGCUCAGCGCGCCGUCACAUGAGCAUCUGAUGCUGCAGGCGGAGCUUCGGAGACUGGAGGCGGAGCAUAAACUGGAGAAGGAGGAGUUGGAGACGCAGAAGAAUGUCUUACACACACAACUGCAGCACGAGGUCCAACAGUGUGCGCUGUUGAAGACUCAGCUGAUGGAGUGUGAAGAACGCACUAAAUGGAUGAACACACACACUGAAGAGCUCAAACUACAGCUACAGCAGACUCAGCAAGCUCUAGAAAACGAGAUCCUCCGAAACCCCAAGCCUUCUCUGGUAGACCGAUCUGUUCUCAAUCUGCACCCUGAUAAACUCCUUCCUCCUGAUAUAUACAUAGACACUGAACUCCUCAGAAACACCAGAGCCGCUGCUGACGGUAAUGUAUCUGAAGCAGGACCGGCUCUCAGGGGCCCGAAAUCUCGCACAGUGGCCCCUGAACAUGAUUCUGACAUGGUUAUCAGUGCUUUAUCCCGCAUUCGAGAGCUGGAGCAGGAGGCGGAGCGGCUAGAGGAGGCAUACAGGAGUCACCAGCAGAGGGCGCUGUCUGCUGAAGAUCCCACACUGCACAGAGGCAGCCAGAACUACAGCAGACCCACAGCAGCGCAGCAGCACAGAGUCAUAUCCCGCAGUCCUAUUUUUGCGGGACGUCCCAUUGAGGAGGAGCAUGAGGAGUUCAGUAGGACUCCUUCUCCAGCAGAGCGACUCGCCUCUCCUCCUGCCAGACGUCUGUCCUCCACACCACAGUCUGCUUCCAGGAGCAAACGCCGAGCAGAUGAGGAGCAUGAUGAACACUCUUUAAAUACAGAGUGUGUGAAAGUAUCCUCUAACACGGACAGACCAGCGCUGAUGUUUCCAGAAAGACUCAUUUCACCCAUUCCUGCUGAGGAACUGAGCUCCUCCAUCAGUCCCAGCAGCCCCGUCAUGAAGAGCACCACACGACACACACAAAGUCCAGCCAAACUGCAGGAAAUCCUCUUGUCCAGCUCCUCUCAGGAAUCCUCACCGCAGCCAGAGAAAAUCACACUGCACGACCUGACGGAGCCCAUACAGAUGGUAUCUGCAGAUCAGCCGUGUCUCCUUCAGGAUUGUGAGCCGGAGCUCCAGCAGGAUCAUCCAGAUGUACAAAUAUCAUCAUCAUCAUCAUCAUCAUCAUCAUCACAGCGUGAGGAAGAGCAGCAGAGAGAGACACACACACUCCAGCAGCAGCCGCAUGAGGAACAAACACAAGAGCAGCGUGAUGAUGCUGGGGGUCAUGUGACUUCAGCGGCCUCACCGACUGGAGGAGCAGAAGAGGCCAAUCCGCUGCAGAGAUACAUGCAGAUGCUGAUGCAGGACAAACAGCAGGAACAGUCUCCAAAUAAAGAGUCAUCAGGGAGUCACGAGGAGAAUCUUCAGUCUGAGAAUCACGAGCACAGCGCCGGCGUGAUUUCACACGAUGAAGCCGACGAUGAUUUCUGGUGAAUCUCGCUUCUGUUUUUAUUGAAUUGACCUUUUUAAUAAAUGUUCGGUCACGUUUCCGAUGCCU